CCUGCGGAGGAACGCAGCCCGGCGACAAUCCGGUAUUUACCGAGGAAACUCCGCCUCCAGAACAGCAGCCAACAUCCCUCUACAGUCGUGACUUAAAGCGCACCACAGAUCCCAGCUGGGGAGGGGGGGAAACACCGCUGCUGGUUAACGCCACGUCAACUUAAAACAAACAAACUAGUGAGUGUGAAGCUGCGCCCGGAAUCAUGCUGGAUCCGUCCUCCAGCGAAGACACCGGGGACUCGGAGCCUGAAGUUGUGCAGGAGAGUCCGGGGAAAGGAGAGCCCGCACCCGCAGGGGCCCCCGGCAAAGGGGCCCCCGGCAAAGGGGCCCCCAAAGGGGCCAAAGACACCAACACAGGUGAAGACGAGGAGAGGAGGAAGGAGCAAGAGCGGAUGCACAAAGAGGAAGAGGAGAAUAAAAUUAAACUGCAGAUUUAUGUGUUUGUCCUGCGAUGCAUCGCCUACCCGUUCAACGCCAAGCAGCCCACCGACAUGGCCCGCCGGCAGCAGAAGGUGAACAAGCAGCAGCUGCAGGCGGUGAAGGAGCGUUUCCUGGCCUUCCUCAACGGGGAAACUCAGAUCGUGGCUGACGAAGCUUUCUGUAACGCUGUGAGAAGCUACUAUGACGGCUUUCUGAAGAGUGAGCGCGCUUCCCGGAUGGUUCAGAGUGGCGGCUGCUCUGCCAAUGAUUUCCGAGAGGUUUUCAAGAAAAACAUCGAGCGGCGAGUCCGCAGCCUUCCAGAGAUCGAUGGCCUCAGCAAGGAAACUGUGCUCAGCUCCUGGAUUGCAAAGUACGAUGCCAUUUACAGGGGGGAGGAGGAUGUGCGGCGACCACCACAGCGGGGGCACCUGAGUGCCGUGUCGGAGCUGAUCCUCAGCAAAGACCAGCUGUACGAGAUGUUCCAGCAGAUCCUUGGCAUUCGCAAGUUUGAGCACCAACUUCUGUACAACGCCUGUCAGCUGGAUAAUGUGGAUGAACAAGCUGCUCAGAUUCGCAGAGAGCUGGAUGGCAGGUUACAGCUGGCUGAAAAGAUUUCAAGGGAAAGAAGAUACCCAAAGUUUGUUUCUGCUGACAUGGAGGUUCUUUAUGUGGAAGAGCUGCGUUCCUCCGUCAACCUGCUGAUGGCCAACUUGGAAAGUCUGCCGGUGUCCAAAGGAGGUCCAGACUUCAAACAGAAGCUUAAACGCUCCUCCAUGAACAACUCUUUCCUGGACAUCGGGGACGAGGGAGACAUCCUGUCCAAAUCAGACGUUGUGCUGACCUUCACUCUCGAGAUUGUAAUUGUGGAGGUCCAAGGACUUAAAUCAGUGGCUGCACACCGAAUUGUUUACUGCACUAUGGAGGUGGAAGGAGGAGAAAAACUGCAGACUGACCAAGCGGAAGCUUCUCGACCACAGUGGGGGACUCAGGGGGACUUCAUCACCACACACCCGCUCCCUUUAGUCAAAGUAAAACUCUUUACAGAAAGCACAGGCGUCUUGGCUUUGGAGGACAAGGAGCUGGGCAGGGUGGUCCUAAGCCCCACCACCAGUGGACCGAAGCAGGCAGAGCUCCAUCGGAUGGUUGUCCCUAAGAACAGCCAGGACACAGAUCUGAGGAUCAAGCUGGCUGUGCGCAUGGACAAACCUGCCAACAUGAAGCACAGCGGGUACCUGUACGCUCUGGGACAGAGAGUCUGGAAACGAUGGAAAAGGAGAUAUUUUGUUCUUGUUCAGGUAAGCCAGUACACGUUUGCCAUGUGCAGCUACAGGGAAAAGAAAGCUGAGCCUCAGGAGCUGAUGCAGCUGGAGGGCUACACGGUGGACUACUGCGACUCUCAGCCAGGUCUGCAGGGCGGUCGGGUGUUCUUUAAUGCGGUGAAGGAAGGAGACCUGGUGAUGUUUGCUUGUGACGACGAGCAGGACAGAGCGCUGUGGGUGCAGGCGAUGUACCGAGCCACCGGCCAGUCCUACAAACCCGUCCCACCGCUGCAGAACAAAACCGCCAUCUCCAGAGGAGGGAACCAGAAACCAGCAUCCCCUAUCAGUCUGGAUCCAACUCAGCGUCAGGGAGUGGAGGAGUUCAUCUCUGCAGCUCCAAGUCGCUUCGACCACGCUGCUCUCUUCACCGUUUUACAGAAACACACUCUGCAACACCGCAUGAACGACUCCUUCUCCUGCCUGGGUUGGUUCAGCCCAGGUCAGGUGUUUGUCCUGGAUGAGUACUGCGCCCGGUACGGUGUCCGAGGUUGCCACCGUCAUCUGAGCUUCCUCAAGGACCUGAUGGAUUAUUCGGAGAGCAACGCCCUGGUCGACCCGACGCUGCUGCAUUACAGCUACGCCUUCUGCGCCUCCCACGUCCAUGGAAACAGACCUGAUGGGAUGGGGACGGUGACUGUAGAGGAGAAGGAGCAGUUUGACGCUGUCAGGAGUCGCCUCAUUGAUCUGCUGGAGAACCAGAUUACACAUUUCAGGUACUGCUUUCCCUUUGGACGACCAGAUGGGGCCUUGAAAGCAACACUUUCCCUGCUGGAGCGGGUUUUGAUGAAAGACAUCUCCUCACCUGUUUCUUCUGAGGACAUGAAGAAACUGGUCCAAAGGUGUCUGGAAAAGGCAGCACAACUUAACUACAGUCAGUUGAUGGAUUAUGCUCAGAUCAAGGUUGACCCUCAAGACACACCAGAAAAAAGACUGGAGGACAUGAUGAGGUUGGGAGAGCUCUGCAUUGAAGUCCUGCAGCAGAACGAUGAACACCACUCUGAGGCUUUUUCGUGGUGGCCAGAGCUCAUGGCUGAACAUGCUGAGACGUUUCUGUCUCUGUACAGAGCCGACAUGGAUGCCGCUCUGCAGGUCCAGUCUGUUGACUCUUGGAACAGCUUCCCGCUAUUUCAGCUCCUCAACAACUUCCUUGAGACUGACUCUCACCUUUGCAAUGGACCGUUCCACAAACAUCUGCAGGACCUGUUUGUCCCUCUGGUGGUGCGCUACAUUGAUCUGAUGGAGUCCUCCAUCGCCCAGUCAAUCCACCGCGGCUUCGAACAUGAAACCUGGCAGUCCGUCAAUAACGGCACAGCAACCUCUGAAGAUCUGUUCUGGAAGCUGGACGCUCUCCAGAUGUUCGUGCUGGACCUCCACUGGCCUGAGCCAGAGUUUGCCAAACAUCUGGAGCAGAGACUCAAACUGAUGGCCAGCGACAUGAUGGAGGCCUGUGUCAAAAGAACAAAAUCUGCAUUUGAUGCCAAAAUGCAGAAAGUGAGUAAGUCAACAGACCUCCGGGUACCGCUGUCUGUGUGCACCAUGUUCAACGUGCUGAUGGAUGCCAAGAAGCAGUGCUCCAAACUCUGUGCACUGGACUGCGAUCAGGAGAUUGACGGACAGUGGCAACAGUACCACUCCAAAAUCGACGUUCUGAUUGACGAGGCAUUCAAAGAAAUGAUUUCUUCCCUCGUGUCUAAGUUUGCCGCUGUUUUAGACGGUGUUCUCUCCAAGCUCUCGAGAUAUGAUGAAGGCACGUUCUUCUCUUCAAUCCUAUCUUUCACAAAACCAGGGAUGGAUCUGGCCGACACCUACAUCACUUUUAUUCGGCAGAACCAGGACAUCCUCCGUGAUCGGAUCAAUGAUGAAAUCUACAUUGAGAAAGUGUUCAAUGAAUGGUACACUAGCUCAAUGAAGGCGGUGUGUGUGUGGUUGACUGAUAGACUGGACCUGCAGCUUCACAUGUACCAGUUAAAGACACUCAUCAAGAUUGUGAAGAAGACCUACCGUGACUUUAGGCUGCAGGGUGUACUGGAUGGUACGCUCAACAGCAAGAGCUACGAGACCGUCUACAACAGGCUGACAAUGGAGGAAGCUACAGCCGCCGUCAAAGCCGGCGGGGGUUUGCAGGGCAUCAGCAUGAGAGACAGCGAUGAGGAGGAUGACUAAACUCGUGCAGACAAAACGUCGUCAUUUCUCAUGAUUUGUUCCUACUUGAUAGAAAUCCUCUCUGACAUAUCAGGACCUUCUGUCACAGUUUGUGAUACUACCACACUUGAGCAGGUAGUUGAGACUCGUUAAGUUGAAAUAGCAGGUACCAGUCAAGAUUUAUAGACUGUUAAAAGUUCAAAUAAAUGUAGUGUUUGUUGUCAUUUGAACAAAUAGAUGAGUUGAGAUAAGGAUUAUCGUCACUGACCCUGAGUCUAAUUAUUUUUUUUUUGCAAUGAAAUUGAUACAAAAAUCAGAAUAGCUUCUUUUAAAAGUUAAAUCGUAAUCUUUAUUCAAUUUGUUUCAACUAUUUUAUAUUUACGCAGUCAUAAACAAGUUCGGCUCAAGCAAAGUGGAAAGUUUUGGGUUAAUAAAAUGUAAUAAUAUGACCAGAGAACAUGAGCUGACCAAGAACAAGGCCGUUUACGAUGGUGUUGGCAGAGUGGACGUUUGAUCCAAAGCUGUGUUCGGUUUAAUAAACCUAUGAGUAUGUGAAGUAUGUGAUUUUAAAAAGAGCCUACUUUUUGAUUACGCUUUUGGUUUUCUUUAUCUUGCUUUACUUUCCUUUGUUUGAAGAACCGAUUUUGCACAUUCUUGGAAACUUACAGUACAAAUACAAAAUGGAAGUGCUCAAUAGAUGCAGCGACAAAAAGUUUGACGACAUAGGACACAGACAGAAAAAAGUAAGUGUAAGUGCUGUCCAAAGAGACCAAUCGUAACCAAGAUGGCCGGUUACAGACAAAUAUGUGAACAAGUCUGCCAGCAAAGGAGCCAGUUAUGAAUAAUAACACAAACAAGGACAUUCUCAGCCUUAGACUCCGAGUACCCUUUGCAAAAUCAAAUUUAGCAAAAUCCAUGUUAAUUCUAAACUUAACAGAGUAACAUUUUGUGUUUCAAUCUAAACAUGUUCACAUUUACACUAAACUCCCUCAUCAAAAGGCUACAGGGUGAUCAAACCUGAGGUAGCAUCCCUAGUCAUGAGAGCUGCCUUACUGUUAAAUGUCAGACAUCCCAACAGACUGUGCAUCGCAGGAGGGUCCUAUUUCCUGAGUCUAACCUAGUUCACUGCAUACUGUACCUCCCGGGCCACUACUUUGAUCCCCGCAAGGAUCAUUCCUGCUUUUCUCUGCUGCCUCUGAUGCAGCUUUGAUGGCCACGUGUACCGAGUUCUCCCGGUCCUUUAGUAGUUUUAUGCUCCACAUUGCCACAAAAUCCCCACUGGGUGGGCUUCUGUGCUUCAGCUUGCUCAGUAUAGCCUAGGUGUUUGUACUCAUAAGUCUCUUCAACUGAAUUUUCCCAGGGAGCAGUGCUUGACGAUGUAAACCGUCUUUUUAGAAGAGUACCAAGUCAGGUCUUAAGGUGGGUGUGGCAAUUUCUGGUGAAAAUACAAGCUGUUGGCCAAUGUCCACCAGCAGUCCCUUAACUUUGUCAACUUAAAACGAUUGUUUCUCAUUAGAAAAUAAACAUGUUUUAAUCCUGCAGCACAAAAGCCUUGCUGUACAUUUGGCAAGUGAGCAGAUCAGACCGACGAUCAACACCCGACAAGGUGGGAGCAGCAGUUAUGCAUCACAAAAGACACAGCGUCUGUUUGUUUGUUUCACAGUUUCACAGUGACAAUAUAACCAGUCACAGUAAUAACAUUCAAUUCAAUUCAAUUCAAUUUUAUUUGUAUAGCGUCUAAUACAACAGAUGUUGUCUCUAGACGCCUUCCAGAGACCCAGAACAUGAACCCCGAGCAAUUAUUACAUAAACAAUGGCAGGUAAAAACUCCCCUAGUGGGAGAAAGCCCUUAAGCCAAACAGUGGCAAGAAAAAACUCCCCUUUAGGAGGGAAGGCAGGUGGAAGCAGCAGCGGGAUGACCGGGGGGGGGGGGGGCAGGCCAGCACGCAGCUCCCGAAGCUCCGGCCAGCAAACAUGCACAACAGAGAAAAAAGGGGGCCAGCACAAGAAACUACAGGAACGAUGGACAAGAAUGAUAGCUAUGAGAUACUUAUAGUAAAUAAAAAUGGAAAUGGAGAAGAGAGGAAGGGAAGAGGAGAAGAGAAGAAGGGUGAGGGACACCGCCCAGUGGAUCAUGUCGGUGCCCCCCUGCAGCAUAGGCCUAUAGCAGCAUAUCUACCAGACUAUGUUCUAUAGCUGCAACUAUGACUACUGACUCUAACACACUAGAGUUUACACUACCUAGAGAUUUACCAACACCAGCUAGAGGUUUACUAAACACUAACUAUAGGCUUUACUAAACAGAAAGGUUUUAAGUUUAGUUUUAAAGGUGGAGGUGGUGUCAGCCUCCUUAACCCACAUUGGAAGUUGGUUCCAUAGUAACGGUGCCUGAUAGCAGAACGCCCACCCUCCAAAUCUACAUUUGGAUACUCUAGGAACUACGAGUAAACCUGCACUCCGAGAACGGAGAGCUCUGCCAGGAACAUAAGGCACUAUCAGGUCCUGCAAAUAAUGUGGAGCUAAGCCGUUUUGGGCUUUAUACGCAAGUAUAAAGCUUAAUUCUCUGUGUGAACAGUUUUUUACUAGAAUUGAGAUGUUUAUUAAGAACAUUUGAACUUAACUUAAACUAUAAAACAAACUAACAUAUCACCUACUCUACUGCUUUGUUUUUACUGGUGUAGCACAACACCACCUACAUCCAUGCCGGGUCCCGCCGCCUUAGCUAAUAAGUGAGACAUAUCUAUAAAAUUCAACCUUAAUGUCAACAAUGAUUAUAGGCUUGCCUCUCGUCAUUCGGACGUACCUAAAUAAGAAUCCAAAAUUGAAAAAAAUUAAUGAAUAACCAUAAAGUUAGUAAUCCAUGUACAGCUGCACAUGUCUGCAGUAAGUGAUAAGAUAUUUCUCUUUGUUCAACAUGAUUGAAGGUCCUGAUUAGAUGAGAAGGAGCAUUUAGAUGUCUUAAUGUCAUCUAGCGAUCUAUCGUGGUGACACAUCCACUUUUACUUGAAAAGGUUAAUGUAAAGACACUGCCAUUAUAAAGUUGAGUCUCAGUGUGCAACUAACUAGACACUGAGGUGAGGAGAUGGUAUUGGAAAACAGCCUACCGGAAAGUGGAGGAACAAAUGUCCUGCUUGCAGGAUACAUGCUGCCAUACUCUUAUUGAUGUCAUUUUGUAAAGUAAAGUUUAAUGAUUACAAAAUGUUUUAAAAAAAUGUUUGAAAAUGUAUUGGAUCUGCAGAAAAACUGACAGAAUGAAAUUUGUUGAGGAACCUGACUAAAUAUUGUGGUUUAAAGCUGUUGUAGAUCCACAUCUCUGUCCAUUGUGAUAUUUGCAGCUAUAAAGAACAUGGAAUUGUGGAGUGUUAUGUCUGUUGUUCAUCUAAUAUUGAAAAAGGAGAUAUGGUAUCAAACUGAAACAAUCUUGACUUUUUAACUGCAUAAUGUCUUAUCACUGCUGUUUACUCACGUUGUGGAAAACCUGCCAUAUAUUGUCAUAUAGGCCAAACAAUACUUGAAAAAAACUGGUCUUAUUUCCACCUGUUUUGUGCAGGUGUCAAGUUUCACUAUUAAACAUUUUUAAA